AUGCUAGCUCAAAUCUUGACUAUCUGUCUCGUCCUUCUCCGCCCUUUCGUGGGCGCCGAUAUUUUCGAUGGCUUUACUGAAUCAACCUUGGUUCCUUGGCUCGAGAAUCAAGUGGCUGAUCCAUUCGCAAAUACGGUUCACGUAUCCAUGCGUCUCUCUUGCACCGGCACGGUGGACUGCGUAGGUGGUAGAACAAAGGACUACAAACCGGUCGUUGACACGGGCUCGACCGGCAUUAUGCUCGUUGCAAAGGAGAUACCCGACUUUAUACCAGGAACCUGUCCCACAGAAGAUGUGGGAUGGCAAUAUCUAUCAAGCAGCGACAAGCUCUAUAGGGGCUGUUGGAUCAAGAAAGAGGUCGUCUUCAACCCAGGCUCUGCCAGCACCACGCAGCCGGAGAUGACGGCCACGGUGCCAGUCCUGGCGGUGACGGAAAGUGCCUUCUGUGAUCCCCGAAGCUCAUUUGGAGAAUACGACGUCCUGGCCGCGCCGAACACAUGUCCUGAUCCCACCGUCGUCUUUGACACAAACCCCACCACUCUCUCGAUGCUUGGCAUCGGAUUUGGGCGCCAGAAGUCGGGCCAGCCCCAGGGCUAUCCGGACAAGAACCCGUUCCUGCAAAUGACGACCGUCGCCGGGCACGCGGUCAAUUGGUUCAGCUACCGCCCCGGCUGGGUCAUCACCAAACGGGGAGUCCAUUCCGGUCUGACAAACUUCAACGCCGGCGGAAGUCGAGAAUUUAGAUACACACGGCUGCCGCCUCAUCACCCACCCUCGCCGCCUUCCGCGCCACCUGUUCCCAGACAUCCCCUUGACUGGGAUCAACUCGACGGCUGCAUCAAGUUCACAUACGACACCAUCAUCGGAGGGACGCCAACCACAGUCGUGACCCCCUGCGUCAAGUGCAAAGUCCUGCUAGACACCGGCUUCCAAAGGGGGUUCGUGCGGCUCCGGUCACCCACCACCGACGCCGUCAUGCCCCGGACUGGGAGCGGAGCGAGUCCCCUCAAGGCGGGCGCAAUUGUCGACGUCAGCUUUGGCAGCCCGGCCAUUGAUGGCGAGCGCUUCACGGUGGCGGCAGGAAGGUCAGGCGCCGGGGCUGCGCCAGAUAAUGACAUUAGGGCCGUCUACUCGACCAGACUGCCACGCUUUGUGAAUGCGGGCUCUCAUGCCUUUCGCCUGAAGAAAAUGGCCUUUGACGCCGUAAGCGGCGCCGUCGGAUUUGCGCCAGCGUAG